GCUGAACAUAACUCCUUUUAAUACUUUCCUUCCACCACUUGUUUUCUCAUUUUCUGCUCACUGUCCGCAUCCACCCCACCCCAAGGUUGGAAUAAUUCUAUAGGAGAAAAAAAAUUUUUUCUUUGUAUUUCAGUCCACAUUCCCUUUAUAAAGUUUUAGGUAAAUCUAAAACAAAAGGAAAAAAAGUCUAAUAAUUUGUAAUACUCAGGCCCAUCGGAUACAUGACAUCUUAGAGUAGUUGGUAAUUUUUAACGCGAAUCCGGGAUUUUAGGACGUAAAAAGCCAUCAAACAAGUCCAUUCCAGACGCGUUCUACAGAGAAUUCCCAGGUUACUAGGUGUUUGCUUUUUGGUUAGCGGCGAGUUGUCUUUUUUCAAAAGACCUUUUGGAUGGUGGGGGUUGGCUCGCUCUGCAUACACAAGGAAUUCUAGAAACUGGGAUUGCACCACCCGCCCCACGCACCCCUUACUUGCAGAAACCUUUGCCCCGACUCCCCGCCCCCACCAAAUAAGGACACUUCAUAGGGCAGGCGCCAGCUCCGGAGCCAGUUGCUUGACACCUAUUGUCCCCGUUUAGACGUCAAGCGACUUUGCCGGAAGGACCCUAGCUUCGAUUUCGUUCAAAACUCAAGGCACUGUUCAUUCGGCCCUCCGUGGCGGUCCCGAACUGCCUUAAGUGGCCGCGCUCCAGCGCAGGGGCUUGGGCAGGGAGGGGAGGUGAGCGGGCGGGCCCUUUCAGACAGGCGUUCUUGCCGGGCAGCCCGAGCGGCUGCGAAGGCCCCCGCUCCCCACUUCUCCCGCCCGCCGCGCCCCAGAGGGCUGGCUGGCUAAGUCCCUCCCGCUCCCAGCUCUCGCCUCACUAGGAGCUGCUCUCGGUGCAGCAGGGACAGGGCGAAGCGGCCUGUGCCCAGGGAACGCACGACACUGCCCGGAACGCACCGCCACCCUUGUUCCCUCGCUGCCCACUCGGGAUCUCCAGCGGCCUCGGCGCGCGCACGAUGCCCUCGGCCACCAGCCACAGCGGAAGCAGCAGCAAGUCGUCCGGACCUCCACCGCCGUCGGGUUCCUCCGGGAGUGAGGCGGCGGCAGGAGCCGGGGCAGCUGCGCCAGCUACUCAGCACCCGGCAACCGGCACUGGCGCUGUCCAGACCGAGGCCAUGAAGCAGAUUCUCGGGGUGAUCGACAAGAAACUUAGGAACCUGGAGAAGAAAAAGGGGAAGCUUGAUGAUUAUCAGGAACGAAUGAACAAAGGGGAAAGGCUUAAUCAAGAUCAGCUGGAUGCUGUGUCUAAGUACCAGGAAGUCACAAAUAACUUGGAGUUUGCAAAAGAACUACAGAGGAGUUUCAUGGCAUUAAGUCAAGAUAUUCAGAAAACAAUAAAGAAGACAGCACGUCGGGAACAGCUUAUGAGAGAAGAAGCUGAACAGAAACGUUUAAAAACUGUGCUUGAACUGCAAUAUGUUUUGGACAAAUUGGGAGAUGAUGAAAUACGAACUGACCUGAAACAAGGUUUGAAUGGAGUACCAAUAUUAUCUGAAGAGGAAUUGUCAUUGUUGGAUGAAUUCUACAAGUUAGUAGAUCCUGAACGGGACAUGAACUUGAGGUUGAAUGAGCAAUAUGAACAUGCCUCCAUUCACCUGUGGGACUUGCUGGAAGGAAAGGAAAAAUCUGUGUGCGGAACCACUUACAAAGUUCUAAAGGAAAUUGUUGAGCGUGUUUUUCAGUCAAACUACUUUGAUAGCACCCACAACCACCAGAAUGGUUUGUGUGAGGAAGAAGAGGCAGCCUCAGCACCUACAGUUGAAGACCAGGUAGCUGAAGCUGAACCUGAGCCAGCAGAAGAAUACACUGAACAAAGUGAAGUUGAAUCAACAGAGUAUGUAAAUAGACAAUUUAUGGCAGAAACACAAUUCAGCAGUGGUGAAAAGGAGCAGGUAGAUGAGUGGACAGUUGAAACAGUUGAGGUGGUAAACUCACUCCAGCAGCAACCUCAAGCUGCAUCCUCUUCAGUACCAGAGCCUCACUCUUUGACUCCAGUGGCUCAGGCAGAUCCCCUUGUGAGAAGACAGCGAGUACAAGACCUUAUGGCACAAAUGCAGGGGCCCUAUAAUUUCAUACAGGAUUCAAUGCUGGAUUUUGAAAAUCAGACACUUGAUCCUGCCAUUGUAUCUGCCCAGCCAAUGAAUCCAACACAAAACAUGGACAUGCCCCAGCUGGUUUGCCCUUCAGUUCAUUCUGAAUCCAGACUUGCUCAACCUAACCAAGUUCCUGUACAGCCAGAAGCUACACAGGUUCCUUUAGUUUCAUCUACAAGUGAGGGGUACACAGCAUCUCAACCUUUGUACCAGCCUUCUCAUGCUACAGAGCAACGACCACAAAAGGAACCAAUUGAUCAGAUUCAGGCAACGAUCUCUUUAAAUACAGACCAGACAACAGCAUCAUCAUCCCUUCCUGCUGCUUCUCAGCCCCAGGUGUUCCAGGCUGGGACUAGCAAACCUUUACAUAGCAGUGGAAUUAAUGUAAAUGCAGCUCCAUUCCAAUCCAUGCAAACGGUGUUCAAUAUGAAUGCCCCAGUUCCUCCUGUUAAUGAACCAGAAACUUUAAAACAACAGAAUCAGUAUCAGGCCAGUUAUAACCAGAGCUUUUCUAGUCAGCCUCACCAAGUAGAACAAACAGAGCUUCAGCAAGAACAGCUUCAAACAGUGGUUGGCACUUACCAUGGUUCCCAGGACCAGUCUCAUCAAGUGACUGGUAACCACCAGCAGCCCCCUCAACAGAACACUGGAUUUCCACGUAGCAGUCAGCCUUAUUACAAUAGCCGUGGUGUAUCUCGUGGAGGCUCCCGUGGUGCUAGAGGCUUGAUGAAUGGAUAUCGGGGCCCUGCAAAUGGAUUCCGAGGAGGAUAUGAUGGUUACCGCCCUUCAUUCUCUAACACUCCAAACAGUGGUUAUACACAGUCUCAGUUCAGUGCUCCCCGGGACUACUCUGGCUAUCAGCGGGAUGGAUAUCAGCAGAAUUUCAAGCGAGGCUCUGGGCAGAGUGGACCACGGGGAGCCCCACGAGGUCGUGGAGGGCCCCCAAGACCCAACAGAGGGAUGCCGCAAAUGAACACUCAGCAAGUGAAUUAAUCUGAUUCACAGGAUUAUGUUUAAUCGCCAAAAACACACUGGCCAGUGUACCAUAAUAUGUUACCAGAAGAGUUAUUAUCUAUUUGUUCUCCCUUUCAGGAAACUUAUUGUAAAGGGACUGUUUUCAUCCCAUAAAGACAGGACUAUAAUUGUCAGCUUUAUAUUACCUGGAUAUGGAAGGAAACUAUUUUUACUCUGCAUGUUCUGUCCUAAGCGUCAUCUUGAGCCUUGCACAUGAUACUCAGAUUCCUCACCCUUGCUUAGGAGUAAAACAUAAUAUACUUUACAGGGUGAUAAAUAUCUCCAUAGUUAUUUGAAGUGGCUUGAAAAAAGCAAGAUUGUCUUUUUUGACAUUGGAUAAAAUCUACAAAUCAGCCCUAGAGUUAUUCAAUGGUAACUGACAAAACUAAAAUAUUUCCCUUGAAAGGAAGAUGGAAAGAGUGGAGUGUGGUUUGGCAGAACAACUGCAUUUCACAGCUUUUCCAAAUUAGAGCAUUGAACGAACGUUUAGGUGCAUACCAAAUUACACAUGGGUCCUUAAUCAUACAUGUAAGGCUGACUAACAGCUUUGACACGGCACCAUACGUCUGGCCAAACGACUGUGGUUAAAAAGACAUGUAAGUUGCUUUUUACUAGCUGAUACUGUAUACAACAAAGCCAAAAUGCAAAAUUGGGCUUUGAUUGGCACUUUUUGAAAAAUAUGCAACAAAUAUGGGAUAUUAUCUGGAUGGCCGCUUCUGUACUUAAUGUGAAGUAUUUAGAUAACCUUUUGAACACUUAACAGUUUCUUUUAGACAAUGACUUCUGUAAGGAUUGGUAGUGUAUAUCAUUCCUUAUGACAUGCACAUUGUCACUAAACCUUGGAUCUUGCUGUAUUGUCACCUAAAUUGGUACAGGUACUGAAGAAAAUCUCUAAUGGGUAAUCAUAACACUCUUGGUCACAUGUUUUUCCUGCAAUUUGAAAGUUUUUUUUUUUUUUUAAAGGAAAAGAUAUCAAACGCCUGCUGCUACCACCCUUUUAAAUUGCUAUCUUUUGAAAAGCACCAGUAUGUGUUUUAGAUUGAUUUCCCAAUUUUAGGGAAAUGACAGUAGUUUCAGUUCUGAUGGUAUAAGCAAAACAAAUAAAACAUGUUUAUAAAAGUUGUAUCUUGAAACACUGGUGUUCAACAGCUAGCAGCUUAUGUGAUUCACCCCAUGCAAUGUUAGUGUCACAAAUUUUAUGGUUAUCUCCAGCAGUCAUUUCUGUAGUACUUGCACUUAUUUUUUGUCUUUUUAACCCUAAUUGAAGUCUCCUUUUCUCAUGGAGGCAUUUAUAUUCAAAGUGGUGAUUCCUUCCCUUAGAUGCAUAGGGAGAGUCUCAAGUUUGAUGGAAAUGGACAGUUGAGUAGUGACUUAGCCUUAUGUACUAUGUUGGAAUUUGUGCUAGCAGUUUGAGCACUAGUUCUGUGUGCCUAUAAAUUUAAUGCUGCUUGUCGUCCCAUUCCACUUUGACUUCAUGGAAAAUUAAUCCCACCAAUUAAGCAAAGGCUACUAAGUUAAUGAUAUUUUCUGUGCAGAAAUUAAAUUUUAUUUUUAGCCUUUAGCUAAGAAAUUUUUCCAGUAGGUGCUCAGCUACUUAAAAACUGUUCUCAAACAUUCAUCAUUAGACAACUGGAGUUUUUGCUGGUUUUGUAACCUACUAAAAUGGAUAGGCUGUUGAACAUUCCACAUUCAAAAGUUUUGUAGGGUGGUGGGGAGUGGGGGAUCUUCAAUGUUUAUUUUAAAAUAAAAUAAGUUCUUGACUUUU